GAUCGCGACCUGGAUCAUGUGAUCGUGACGUAGACUGUGUAUGCUAGUAGGCUAACGCUAGCUGUGGCUAACCGUCUCUCCGGAAGAGGACAGAUUUAUUAUAUUUCAUCAUCAAACGUGAUAUUAUUAUAAUAUUAUUUGUAAACGUUAUUAUUAGCGUUAUUGAACCGCGGCAUUUGACUGGUUGGGGAUCGGUCGGCUUCACCUGUUGACUCGUUUAAUGGCAACCUUGCUCAGUACUGGUUAGCUGAACUAUUACUAGUACUAGUACUUUAGUGGUACUAGUGGGUUAGGGGAGACACUACUAGUUAGGGUUAGGAUGGCGUCCGGCGGCGGCAGGUCGUCCUCCUUCAAGGUGGUCCUGCUGGGGGAAGGAUGCGUCGGCAAGACGUCGGUGGUCCUGAGAUACUGCGAGAACAAGUUCAACGACAAACACAUCACCACCCUACAGGCAUCGUUCCUCACCAAGAAGCUCAACAUCACCGGGAAGAGAGUCAACCUGGCCAUCUGGGACACCGCUGGCCAGGAGAGGUUUCAUGCCUUGGGGCCGAUUUACUACAGAGACUCUAACGGCGCCAUCUUGGUUUAUGAUGUCACCGAUGAAGACUCCUUUCUGAAGGUGAAGAACUGGGUGAAAGAGUUGAGGAAAAUGCUUGGCAACGACAUUUGUUUGUGUAUAGUAGGGAAUAAGAUCGACCUGGACAAAGAACGGCACGUGGCUGAGGAGGAGGCAGAGAGCUAUGCAGAGUCGGUGGGAGCCAGACAUUACCACACAUCAGCCAAGUUGAAUAAAGGCAUUGAAGAGCUCUUCCUGGAUCUCUGUAAAAGAAUGAUGGAAACGGCUCAGGCAGACGAGAGGUUGAAGGGCAGUGGAGCCGGCCAAUCAGUGCCCAGUAGGCGGGGCGUACAGAUAGUGGAUGACGAACCACAAGCUGCCGCUGCAGGGGGUUGCUGUUCAUCUGGCUAACGCACACGCGUACACGCACACACACACACACACACACGCACACACACCAUCAUCAUGCCUUUUCCUCUAAACUGAACCUUAACCUUUAGAAAUCAACCCUUGUCUCAUCUUGUCUCUGCUCCCUCCUCUCUCAUCCUGUCUCUCCUCCCUCCUCUCUCAUCUUGUCUCUCCUCUCUCCUCCCUCCCCUCUCCUCCUCUCUCCUCUCCCCUCUCACUCUCUCUUUUAAACCGAUCUAAAGUUUUAAAUCUUGGAUAUGUCAGAUCUGGCUCGCACUUUCUUUUCAAAUGAGUCGUUUUCUGUAAUGGUUUCAUUUAUGUUUAAAUACUAUAGAAAAACAGAAUGACUCUUAUUUAAUAAGUUAUAAAUGUUGGGCUUUAUAAACAAUGUUCUGUAUAUGUUCUUACUUGGGGGAGGCAUCUGUCAUUCAUUUAGUGUGUCUGUCUGUCCAUAGUCCUCUUGUGUCUGUCUGUCUGUCUUUCUCCAUCAUCCUCUUGUGUCUGUCUGUCUCUCUGUCUGUCUGUCUGUCUGUCUGUCUGUCUGUCUGUCUGUCUGUCUGUCUGUCUGUCUGUCUGUCUGUCUGUCUGUCUGUCUGUCUGUCUGUC